AUGCUCUCACAAUUUAACAGUCGAGAACCCAAACUAUCUCCACGAGGUCAUUGCGCUGUUGACUGUAUCGAGUAUCUUGAUGAAGAUGGUAAUCCACAGAUUAUUGAUUGCUAUUUCAAAGAUGGAGCAAACAAAGAAGAAAUUCGAGAACUAUUGUCAGGACAUCCAGCAUUUCAGAACGCCACAAAAUUCGAAACUCUUGCACUCAAAUAUAAAGUUAAUGUUAUAUUUUGUCCAAAGCAUCAUUGUGAACUCAAUGCAAUUGAAAGCCUUUGGUGUAGUCAGAAAGUAUUUGUUCGUUCACCUACCGACCAAACCUUCGAAAAAAUGAUAAAACUAAUAUCUGAAUCUCGUGCAGAUUUUGUCGAAAGGAGUAUUGAACUAAAACUAUUUCGUCGUUUUUGGCAUGCAGUUGAAGCAUAUUCUCAAGGACAAACAUAUGGUGAGGUGUUUAAACUAUUCUUUAGUCAAUUGUGUAGUGCAUCUGUUCAAUCACAUCGACGAAUAUUAAACGAUAUUAUAAACGAUGACUAA